AUGGAUUACCCUGUCAUCAUGAAAGAGAGCGACACGGCCACACGGUCAAUAGAUCGAGCCGGCUCUGUCCCGAAUUUCGGCAGCCUCCUGCGCUCAGAGAAGUACGCAGACUUGACCAUCAAAAGUGGAGAUCGCGUCUGGUUGGCACACAAAGCUAUCAUUUGCUCGCAGUGUGAAUUCUUCGACCGAGCCUGCACUGGUGGCUUCAGCGAGUCAAAUGACGACACUAUCAUUCUGGACGAAGAUUCGGGGGUAGCUGGGGCAUUGCUACAGUUUUUGUAUGCGGGUGACUACAAAGCCAUCGCCGCGGACAGUGAGGCGAACUACAAUGCUGUUGGACAAUCGCAUGAACAUGGAGAGGAUCCGGCGGAAGGCCCCUGCAACUCGCUGCUUCUCGACGUUCAGAUGUGUAUUUGCGCCGACAAGUACAACCUCCCGACCCUUUCCGCUCUCGCCAUUGGCAAAUUCAAAAUACACUUGCAGGACACCUGGGCAACCUGGUCUUUAGUCGGGGCGGUUUGUCUGCUAUACACAUCGCCUCUGGCCGGCGAGGCUAUCGACGAACGUGAGAUCGGUCCCGAACACGACCAUACGGCUUUAGAAGCAUCAUCGCCAUCAGGCGCACUACACUCUACUGUCAGCGGCUUUGAUGCCUCAAAUAAGGUGGUUCAGCUGCUCCUCAUGAGAAGCCCGUUGAGAGGUUAUCUGCUCGAAUUCCUCUCCGAGCAUCUCUCUGCGUUGGCCCACUCACCUCUUGAGCCAGUGAUAGCGAUUCGAGCACUUUUCCACACCUUGCCUUUGUUCGCCGGCGAUAUUUGUUACCUCACAUUUUCGCAAAGCUGGCGCAAAUUACGAAGAGGGUCUAUGCAUUCAACUGGCAGCCCACAAUCAACAAAGUCAGGCUUGCAUAUUCCGUUGCAGCCUAGCUCGGGCCGUCACAACACAUUGAAUGCGUCUCACACCCCUGCAGAUGAUGAUGCUUGGCAAGUCCUUGACAAUCAAACACCAAUUCGUCGAAGGCUUUCGCUUGCUACAUCGGCGAUCGUAGCCGCUUUCACAAAGGUUCAGCAUCUGAAGCUUCCGGAGGAGGACGUCUUGAUGAGAGAUAUCGGUGCGGAAAGUGCUCUUGUGAUUACACAGUACAUGAUCCUGGUAUGGACUAUGAGUUUGUUUGCCCGCGGGUGUCAUGUGGAGGGCGUGUUAAAUGUUGGUGGCAAUGGUGCAUAG